AUGGUUCGUGCAAAGAAACAAGCUUCACCAGAAGUAGAGAAACUGGUCUCCAAGUUUUUCAAGGAAGUAGAUGACCACAAGAAGAAAAAAGCCGUAAGGAAACCUUUGAAAGACAUUUCUAUUCCUGUGUGUGUCGAGAUUCGUCCCUUGCUGCAAAAGCUCCGGGAGGUAAAGCAAGUAUUCGAUGAAUAUAUUGAAGAAGAAUAUAAUGAUUACAAGAUCGAUCUUGCUGAAAACGAGAAAAUUGAAACUGUCCGCAAAGAAAACGUCUUCAGUGAAGAGGUUACGGAGUCUGAAAUGGACAUUAUCCAAAAGCGUGUCGCUUUGCAACAACGCCAAUUCAAAGAGUUUGAAAAAAGAGAAAGAGCAAGGAAGACAAGGAAAAUCAGAGCUGUAUAUGAUUAUUUGACAGAUGAAGAAAUUGUAGAAAUGCUGGAAGACUGUAAGAAUGAUGAGGAAGAGGUUAUUGUGCGUCUUACUCAGCCUGGAUACCUUUACGAUAUUCGUAAAACAAUUGCCACAAAACAUGCACCUGAAGUAGAAACAACGGCCAAUACAAUGAGUGAAGAGCAACAGGCGGCUUAUAAGCAACUCUUGAAGAAACGUUCAGAGACUUUGAAAAAAACGACAAAUGAUUCUGCUAAAAAACAAUAUCGUAUGGGUGGUCGUUUAGGAUUGGAUGAAGCUCUGGCACAAAUACAGGAAAAUCGUGUUGAUCCCGAAAAAGCAUUCGAAGGCUGGUCUCAAGCUCGUAUUCGUGCUUAUCAAAUGAUUGAUGUUAAUCCCAACAGCUACUAUUACCGAUUUAACGCGCCUGGCGAAGUGCAAAGAAGAGGACAAUGGUCUGACGAAGAACGUAAACUAUUUUUCAAACGACUUGAGGAAGUGGGGGCUAAUGGUCAAUGGGGCAUUUUUGCUAUGAAGAUUCCUGGUCGCGUAGGCUACCAAUGCUCCAAUUUCUAUCGUCUCCUGGUAGAGAAUAAUGAAAUUCAAGAUCCCAACUAUGUAUUAGAUGAAAAGGGCAAGGCUCAUUAUCUAUUUGAGAAAAAGACAGCUGAUGGCUCAACCAAAAAGACUUUCCGUACGCAUAGCAAGCAUGGAACUGGACGCGGUUCAGGGAUUCCUUCUUCUACUGCGCUAGCAGCGGGAAGCAGUGUCGGUAGCAGUAAUUCCAUCAAUAGCAUUGGCGGAUCUAAAAGAAAGGCGCGAGUAACGUCAGCAGCAGCAGAUAAGAAGAGCAAAAAGAAGAGAAGAAGAACAAGAGGAUGGGGAAGUAGUGAUGAUGACGACGAUGAAGACGACUUUGAAGACUAUAAUGAUGACUCUGGUACCUUUACGAUGAGUUUACGCACAACUCGUAGAACCCGCGCUCUUGCAGAGAAUAAUAGGAAAAAUAGCAAUGAUACCUCCUCUAAUACUGUUAACUAUAACGAAGAUGACGAAAUGGAAGAUGAAAGCGAAGAAGAACUAAAUUUGGAUAAUCCCUUACCAGGUUUUAUUGAUCCAAUUACAUUAGAUGAAGUGGUGAAACCAGCUAUUUCAAAAUACGGUCAUGUUAUGGGAUAUGAUAGCUGGGUACGCUGCUUAACUAAUUGGGAAGGGAAGAAGAAUAUUUGUCCACUAACAAAGAAGCCUUUAACGAAACGUGAUUUAGUGAUUUUGACGCAUGAUAACAUUGAGGAAUACAGAGAUAAAAUUAUUCAAUGA